AGAGGGCGGCUUCAGUCAAAGAUGUCGGAGCGGGCGGGAAGCGGCGCUGCGGCUGCCGCCGCCGUCGCUGCCAAGGAGAAGCGCAAACAGCAGCUGAAGCGCUGGAAGGGUUCUUGCACCGAUUUGGAAGCGGGCGAGCCGCGGUGGCUGGCGCGGCCCGGGACGGGCGCCGGUGCCGUCAGGGGUUCGAGCCUGAGGCGGGUGAGGUUCGAGGCGGCGGCAGAGUUCCUGGCGGCCUGCGCCAGCGGAGACGCGAAAGACGCCGAGGAAAUGCUGAGGGGAGGCGCCGACGUCAACUGCGCCAACACGGACGGAAUCAGCGCCCUUCACCAGGCAUGUAUAGAUGAAAACCUGGAAAUGGUGGAAUUCUUGCUGGCACAUAAUGCCAAUGUUGACCGGCCGGAUAAUGAGGGAUGGACACCACUGCAUGUGGCCGCAUCAUGCGGCUAUUCUGAAAUUGUUGAGUGUUUAAUCAGCCAUGGUGCCAACAUUGCCGCUGUGAAUAGUGAUGGGCAGUUGCCAAUUGACCUCGCAGAGGAGGACUACAUGGAGACCCUGCUGCAAGAUCACAUUAACAAGCAGGGCAUUGAUGUGGAGUCUGCCCGGCGUGAGGAAGAGGAAUUGAUGCUACAGCAUGCCAGACAGUGGCUAAACAGUGGGAAGAUAGAGGAGGCAUCUCACCCAAAAUCUGGUGCCAAUGCUCUCCAUGUCGCUGCAGCCAAAGGCUACAUAGAGGUGAUGAGGCUACUCCUUCAAGCAGGAUUCAGUGUUCACGCACAAGAUAAAGAUGGUUGGACUCCAUUGCAUGCUGCUGCACACUGGGGAAUGGAAGAUUCCUGCAGGCUCCUUGUGGAGCAUUUCUGUGACAUGGAAGCAUUAAAUAAUUCGGGCCAGACACCAUUUGAUGUUGCAGAUGAGGACAUUUUGGGAUUACUUGAGGACCUGCAGAAGAAACAGGAUGACCUAAGGACCGAAAAAGAAGAAAAGAUGAAACGAGCCAUCAUUGAAACCUCUGUACAGCAACAGCAGCAGCCGGCCAAACCCAGGAAGAGCUCUGUGUGCAGGAUGAGCAGCAGGGAGAAGAUUUCAGUGCAAGAUCUGUCAAAGGAGCGCAAGACCUUGGAGUCAAUGCCUUUGGAUGAGAGCAAGAAAGAGGAAUCUAGUAGUUCGAGUUCAGAAACUGAGGAGGCCUCAGAGUCCGACUCUGAAUGUGAAACUGAGAAGAAUAGGAAACCCACACUCAAUAAUGAUACCAAUAACUUAAAUGGCACUGAAAUUAUUCCUCUAGCACCUCCUGUCACACUCGCACCGUCAAACCUAAAGUGCACUGGCUCAUCUACAAAGGCAACUGUCAAGCAAGAAGCCCCUCCUGCAGCUUGGCGCACUGGACUUCGGAAAACCGGCAGCUACGUUGCAUUGCACGAUGCACAGGGCCCAACUGAGAAGACUCCAGUGGGCAGUAUCAAACGCUCUGCUUCCUCCCCACGUCUAGGCUCGGUUGAGAAGGACAAAGAAGUACGUGAGACCCGCCUAGCCAGAGUGCCUCCGACUCCAGUCGGAAGAACGUUCAGUGUGCCUGAGACUUCUGUUGAACAUGCAGUAAGCUCUGCAUACCAACAGGGUAGAGAACCCAGCUCCCAGAUGCCAAAGGAUGUUACAGGCACUUAUCAAGGUGGUACCACUGCCCUGACAAGCAUCACAGACAUUAAAGAGAGGCGUCGGUUAUAUCUUACCCCAGUGCGUGAUGAGGAAUCAGAAUCCCAAAGAAAGGCACGGUCACGGCAUGCACGGCAGUCCAGGCGAUCGACGCAGGGCGUUACACUCACGGAUCUAAAAGAGGCGGAGAAGACCUUGGGUAUUGCCACUGAAAAAAAAUCGCAAGAUCAGCCGGAGAAGAGGGAAGAAGGGAAAGAGAAUGAUGGCAAAAAAGGAAGGAGUUUUGUGACAGAGGACAAGGAAGUGGGUAGUCGGCUGAGACCCUUGACCACGGAAGGCAUAUCGCUUACUUCUGCAUAUUCCAGAUAUUCUAUUCCUUCAGCUUCAGUUAUAGGCUUAAACAAAGAAUCGGAAGGCAGCAAAAGAGAGGAAGGAGAUUCGGACCAUAGCAAUCAAAAUCGGUUAUCUGUACGAGAUCGGCGGAAAGCCCGAAAAGAACGUAGGUUUACUGGCAAGCCAGAAUUUGCAGAAGAGGAAGACAGCACAGAGCAGAUGAACAGUGUGGAUUCUGCAAUGCACAGGUAUGGCCCAAGUCUGAGUGAGCGGAUGAGUGAUCGAAUUCUAAGCAGAAUUGGGACUUCCUCCCACUCCAGUACAGGGGUAAUGGCGGAUGGAAAUAACGACUUCAGGAAGAUGUACGAGGUGGUCUUGUCAGAGAACGUAAAACUUAAGGACGAGUUACGAGAAGCACAAACCUACCUCACACAAGCUAAUCAGGAAUUGGAGAGGGUUUUACAGAGACCAGGGAGGCAUGAAAAUAGGCCGGCACAGCUGGAGCUGGAAAGAUUUGAACGAAGGGCAUUUGAAAGAAAGACAGCUGAACUGGAAGAGCAGCUAAAGAUUUUAACAGACUUAAAAACAGACAAUCAGAGACUAAAGGAUGAGAAUGCAGCCCUGAUCCGUGUCAUCAGCAAGUUGUCAAAAUAGUUGAGAUGCCAUCAUCCAGCUGCAUCACCCGAUGGGAAAACCGUUGCCAUCACUGAUACUGUAGAGUUGACUCUAGGUUUGGGUCAAAAGAGAACAUCUUCAAUGCCAAGUAUUUUUCCACAGCCAAUACAGUUAACCAGUG